GUGAUAAUUAUGUAAUCUUUGCUACCAGCGGUCACUUGCAAGAAUUGAAGAAAUCAGGAGUGUAUAAUUUAGGAGUAAACUUAGAAAGUUUUGAGCCUACUUACGAAGUGAUUCCGGGAAAAGAAAACCUUAUUACUACCGACCCAGAUCGCGAAGGUGAAGCCAUUGCUCAAGAAGUAGUUUUAUUGUUGGAAUUAAGCCCAGAACAAUAUCACCGCUUACUUUUUUACGAAAUAACUCCUCGCAAUAUUAAUGAAGCAUUAAGCAAACCAUUGGAAGUCAAUAGUAAUUUAGUAGAAGCGCAAGUUUCUCGACAAGUACUAGACAGAAUGAUUGGAUUUUGCCUUAGUACGAUUCUCCGAAAAAAAUUACAGGCAGUGUCAGCCGGAAGAGUUCAGUCGGUAGUUCUAAAGUUGAUUGUUGAACGAGAAUUUUUAAUAAAAAGUUAUGAAAAGAAAAAAGUUUAUAUUAUAUGCGGAACCUGCCAAGUAAAAGAAAAAAAAGCGAUACUUAAGCAAAUAAAUGACUCCGGAGAACUGAUUAUUUAUAAAAAUAAAAAUGAGGCUGAGGAAGUUAAAAAUAAACUUGGUACAAUUUUCCAAUUAGUAAAUAAAAAAGAAGAACAAAAAUUCAUUUUUCCUAAACAACCUCUGAUUACUUCUUUAUUGCUUUUUGAAGCCAAGUCACAAUUAGGAUUUUCAAAAAAAGAGAAAAAAAGUAAUGUCCAAGAUGCUCAUGAAUCUAUUCAUCCUACUUACUUGGAAUAUCACCCUGAAGAGAUUAAAAUUUCCUUAACUGAAGAGGAAUAUCAAUUAUAUAGAUUAAUAUUUAACCAUACCUUAGCUAGUUUAAUGAGCCCGGCCAAAGUCAACAAAAUUACUUAUACUUUUUCGAAUAAUAAUUAUCUUUUUGCCACUAGUGAAAGAAUUUGCCAAUUUGCGGGCUUUCUUAUUUGCUCGUUGGAAAUUUAUUUGUCGACUUAUAAUGUGAAAUUAAAAAGUGAAUUAGUCAACUUUUCCCAAUUAGAAGCUAAGAAAAUUGAAGUUCAAGAGUAUACUGAGAACAAACCGGUGCGCUAUAAUGAAGGAAGCAUUGUCCAAGAACUAGAAAAAUUAGGCAUUGGCCGUCCUUCUACUUACAAUACUUUCGGGCGUAUUUUAUUGAAAAGAAACUAUGCCGAGCAAGAUAAAAAAGGACAUUUUAUCCCUACUGAAUUAGGAAUUUCAGUUAAUAAAUGGUUGCAGGAAAAAUUUGGCUCAUUAAUCAAUGAAAAUUACACCGCUGCUUUAGAAAGUGAACUAGAUAAAAUUAGUCAAGGAAAUAAUGAUUAUUAUCACUUUAUUAAGAACUUUUGGGAGAACUUUUCUCUUUCCUUAAAAAAGUUGCCCCAACUAGUUAAUUUAGCUAGUGAAAACAAAUUAAAAUACUUAGCCAUUGCUGACUAUUAUCCUUACGAAAUUGUUAAGUUUUUUAAACAAUGUAAAGAAAAAGAAAUUAAACCAAUUUGGGGAAUUAAAGUUUUUUUUCGCGAAAAGUCAGAAGAGAAAAAAUACUCAGCUACUAUUUAUCCGAAAAAUAAUAAAGGUUAUAAAGAAGUAAUGCAGAAACUUUUUGCCCCCGACUCACCAGUUGAUCGAACUUUUUCACUUGAUUUCCUCCUUUCUUCAUUAACUUUACGGAAAGACAAAGAAGAAAAAUAUCAAAAGACUCUAGAAAAGGAAUUGAAAAUUAUCGAAAAGUUUAACUAUGUUGAUUACCUCUUAAUAUUUAGCGAUGCCGUCAACCAUUUAAAAAAGAAAAAUAUUAUUGUCGGUCCCGGACGCGGAAGUGCGGCUUCUUCCUUGAUUACUUACUUACUGGGAAUAACCAGCAUUGAUCCUUUACAGCAUAACCUAUUCUUUGAACGGUUCUUAAACGAGAAAAGGAAGACUUUGCCUGAUAUUGACUUAGAUGUUGAAGAUCAAGAAGAAAUAUUUAACUACCUGCAACAAAAAUACCCCAAAAAACAAAAGUUGCCAAAAUUUUUCGGCAUCGAAAAUUUGUAUUACGAUACUAGUAUUCAUCCCGCAGGAGUUAUUAUUUCUGAACAAUCAUUAGUGGGCAACAUUCCGCUAAAAUUAGAGAAAAAUUUCUUGUUAGCCCUCUUUGAAGAAGAAAGUUUUAGCCAAUUAGGAUUUAAAAAAUACGACUUCUUAAGUUUAAAAGAAACCUUGAAAUUAUUAAAUAACUUCCUCAUAACUGGUAUUUUUCAACUAGAUACUUCUUCCUCGAGAAUCUUGUUUAAUAAAUUCCGUCCUCAAAACUUUGCUGAAUUAAUCCUUUUUCUCGCUUUAAACCGUCCUGGAACGAAAAAAAAAGUCGAAGAAAUAUCUCAAAAAAAGCUAGCCAAGUCCAAUUCUAUCUUUACCUCUUCAGCCAUCAAAGCAAUACUAUCCGAAACUUAUGACUCUAUUAUAUUUGAAGAACAGAUGAGCCAAAUUUUUUCCCUAGUUUAUGACUGUUCCUUUGCUGACGCGGAAAUCAAAAGAAGAGAACUAAAAGAAAAAGGUCUAGAAAAAGAUUUUCUCAGCAAAGCGGGGGGGAAAAUGUCCUCUUAUGAGAGUAAAUUAAUCUACCAUCAAAUUACUGCUACCGUUGGUUACACCUUUAAUAAAUCUCAUGCGGUUGCUUAUGGUUAUCUGACUUACUAUUUGGCUUAUUUAAAAGCUAACUUUUUUUCUGAACUAAUCGUUUAUCUUCUUAAUAAAGGAAAAGAAAAAUCUCUAUCUUACUUACAAGAAGCAUUUUUUUACAAUUUUCAAAUUAAGGCUCCAGAUAUUAAUUAUUCCGAACUAAACUGA